CACUCCCUGAUUUCAAACUGUAUUACAAAGCUGUAGUAAUCAAAACAUCAUGAUGUUGACAGAAAAACAAAUACAUAGAUCAAUGGAACAGAAUUGAGAGCCCAGAAAUAAAUCCAUACAAAUGGACAAUUAAUUUAAGACAAAAGGAGCAGAGAACAUACAAUGAAGAAAGGAUAGUCUCUUCAAUAGAUGGUUUUGGGUAAACUGAACAGCCACAUGCAGAAAAUGAAAGUAGACCGCUAUCUCACACCAUACAUAAAAAUCAACUCAAAAUGAAUUAAAGACUUGAAUGUAAGACCCAAGCCAUAAACUCUCAGAAGAAAACGUAGGCAGGAUUAGCUUUGACACCAGUCUUAGCAAUAUCUUUCUGUAUAUGUCUCCUCAGGCACGGAAAACAAAAAGCAAAACUAAUCAAAUGGGACUACAGCAAACUAAAAAGCUUCUUCACAGCAAAGAGAGCCAUCAGCAAAGCAAAAUAACAAGCUUCCGAAUGGGAGAAGAUAAAACUCAUAUAUCCGAUAUUACGCAUUUUAAUAGUAUCCAAAAUAUGUAAAGGACUCAUAGAAUUCAACAACAAAAACCCAAACAAUCCAAGUUAAAAAUGGGCAGAGGAGCUGAACAGACAUUUUUACAAAGAAGACAUACAGAUGGCCAAUAGGCACAUGAAAAGAUGCUCAACAUCACUAAUUAUUAGGGAAAUGCCAGAGUUAGCUAUCGCUUCACUCCUGUUAGAAUGGCAAUUAUCAAAAAGGUCUCCAGAAAGUACAGUGACAUCGAGGAGUUUUACCAGAAACUCAGCAGUCGUUACCCAGCGGCCAGCCUUCCCCCGCUCCCCAGGAAGGUGCUCUUUGUUGGGGAGUGUGACAUCCGGGAGAGGAGAGCCAUGUUCGAUGAGAUCCUGCGCUGCGUCUCGAAGGAUGCUGAGUUGGCAGGCAGCCCUGAGCUGCUAGAAUUCUUAGGUACCAGAUCCCCCGGGGCUGCGGAUCUCAGCAGCAGAGAUUUCUCUGUCCUGGACACAGACAGCCAAGGGGGGGACGACGGGGAUGCUUUCGACUUCUUCCAGCAGCAGGACCGAGUGGAGGGUGAGGGUCUCCCCACGCUGGACCAGAAGGGCCAGGAUGCAGGGAAGUCCUCAGAAGACGAGGCAGAGGAGGCCCUGGACCCUCUGGGCAUCAUGCGCUCCAAGAAGCCCAAGAAACGCCCGGAGGAAGUGGCCGUGAAGCCCAAACCCUCGCCCUGUCUCUCCAUCUUUGAUGAGGAGGUGGACCCCGACGAGGGGCUCUUUGGCCCGGGCAGGAAGCCCUCUCCCCGGAGCCCCGCAGAGGACGCGCCCCCCAGGGACUCCCUGAAGCUGUUUGACGAUCCUGACCUCGGCGGAGCCGUCCCCCUGGGUGACCCCUUACUGCUGCCAGCUGCCCACGGGGGUGGAGGACCCACGUCCCGCCCAGGCUGCAGGGAGGCCUCCGAGGAGCUGUUCAGGCCUUCACACCCGCACGCCACGCUGGGGUCCGCGCUCUUGCCGACUGCAGGAAGGCCUCCGAAGGAAGGAGCAGGUGGUGAGGCGAUGGGCUGCCGUGGCCUCUCUCUCCUCCCUGUUCUCUCCCCUGGGCCUCUCCCUUCCGCCCCCAGCAUGCGACAUAGGGGGGAGGGUGCAGCUGGCAGGUGCCCGCGGGGGGCCACAGGCGGAAGCUGCCACUCCGGUGUGGCUUCGCCCACUGCUAGCCUGGCCUCCUCCCUGGCGGCCUGGCACUCGGACACCUCAGCAGAGAUACUGAUGCUCCGCGCGCCGCAGGUCUGUGACCCACCAGCCGAUCUGUGACCUCCAGUCGUCCAAUAAAGUCCGUGUCGGUGGCUCAUUCCCACAUUUGUUAGUGGCGACCUUUUCUGACCCCGGGCUGAUGGGGGACAGUGUGGGGCACUGUCUUUACAGCCCCGGGCUGAUGGGGCUCAACAAGGGGCGCUUCCCUCGAAGGACCUGGGGUAUGCCAGGCCUCCCAGGCUGCUUCUGGAUGGGGCAGGGCGAGGGCAGAGGGAGGAUUCCACUGUGUGAACUGAGGCAGAGGGGCCAGAGGCCCCGGCCUGGUGGGGUCAUCCGUCAGUAACUGCUCAGCCAGGACCUGUUUGGAAAGAGGACUUUUUCCUUCUCCAGACCUCACCUCUGUCUCCUCAGGGUAGGGACUGGUCUAGGCUUGAACUGGCCUCGAGGUCCUUUCAGCUUUGACACAAGACAGCCCCGCCGAAUAAACCUGUCCAUCCGCUUCCAAACCUGUCCUAGCCUCCACUCUCCUGCCAGCGUCAGAUUCUGAGAUGCUGCUUCCUGCCCGGGACCCAGAGGUUCUUAGCAGACGGCUCUGCAAGCCGACGUCCCCCAGAGCACUAGAAAUGGGUCCCCGGGAGCCCCAUGCAGGGCAGUCUGCGAGCCCACGCCGGCCUCCCUCACCACUCGGCUUUGGAGCUCGCAGCUAAGCUCAGAUGGGGGUCUUGGCUCCCAAGGACAAGCAGUUGGGUCGUUCUGAGAAGGACCACGCAGCCCACAAGCCUGCAGCGGAGAGUUCACCGUGGAAGGAAAGUGAGAUUCACCGAGGGCAGCGUUUGUUUGUUUUGCAGCUAUGUGAGCCCCGUGGACAGGAUGUGCUGGCUGCUCUGGGGGCCCCGCUCCCAUCCCUCAUUUUUCCUCUCAGGAAGCCGGGAACUCCAGCCACUUCUCCUGGAAAGUCCCCAUCCUAGUGUCUGUCCCGGCCGGGCCGGGAGGCGAGCUCCGCGGGGGGAACCCACCCUUCCACACUCUGGUGUCCCGUGACCGUAUCAGUGCCACAAGUCCGGAACCCAGCCUGCCUCUGUGUGCUCUGGGGCUGCCCCGAGGCUCAAGCCCUCACAGCAGACGCAGAUGAGGCAGCAGAGGUCCAGGUGACUGGGGGGCCCUGUGGGCCUCAUGCCCAGCUGCCAGCUUGGUGUCGUCGGUACAGUCCGUGUGGUGGUAGGCUUUCCUUUGUCUCUGGGGAGACCCGGCGUGGAAGGUCACGUUCGGCUCUCCAGCUCACCAGCCGCCCAGGUGAGCAUAGCCUGCGGACGGGAGAAGGGAGGAGAGCUACCAACACGGCGCUUGGAUGGUGGCCCUGGCUGGGCAGCAGGUACCCCCCAGUGCUGCCGGGCCUUUGGGUUGAAGGCCACC